AUUGGGUCAUCAGUUUCUGUUGAAAAUGCAGGUUUAUUAGCAUUGACACGUGUUGGUAGCCGAAGGGUUGUCCAAAUAUCAGCUGGUUUCAUGAUCUUCUUUUCCAUCCUUGGAAAAUUUGGAGCUGUCUUUGCUUCAAUCCCAGCACCAAUCAUUGCAGCUUUAUACUGCCUGUUUUUUGCCUAUGUGGGUUCAGCAGGCCUCAGUCUUCUUCAGUUUUGCAAUUUAAACAGCUUCAGGACAAAGUUUGUAUUAGGCUUCUCUAUUUACAUGGGCUUAUCAAUACCUCAAUACUUCAAUGAAUAUACAGUUGUUAAAGGCUAUGGUCCUGUCCACACUGAAGCAAGAUGGUUCAACGAUAUGAUCAACGUGCCCUUCUCAUCGGAAGCAUUUGUUGCUGGCUUGUUGGCCUUUUUCCUUGACGUCACACUGCACCGGAAAGACAAUCAAACCAGGAAAGAUAGAGGCAUGCAUUGGUGGGAUAGGUUCCGGUCAUUCAAAACAGACACAAGAAGCGAGGAAUUCUAUUCCCUGCCCUUCAAUCUGAACAAGUUUUUCCCAUCUGUUUGAUCUUUGGGGCAUGUAGUUUUGACUUGUAACCAAAUCAUGCUCCUCCAAUAUCACUUUGUUGGUAUCACACUAUGUAACAUCGAUCGCAUUUUUCUCUUUUAUCGUAAGUUGUUUAACUAUAUAAAUCAACUUAGCACUUAGCAGUACUAAUGAAUACCUUCUUUUCGCA